AGCAUGAAGCAGAGCACAAAGGGCAGAUCACUUAUUCUGCUGGAUGCAGCUACUACACUAGAAAGCACACUGCUGGUGUUGGUCAUCACCAAAGACAGACGCAUGCUCCCCCACUGCUGUGGAGCUCUGUGCCAAAACUCCUGAUCAUGUUUAUUCUGAAACAACAUGGAAACAUUUGUUUGGUUGCCAGACUAGAUACAAGGGCUGUGUAGAAUAGGCGAUCAGACGUGAGUGCAGGCAUCUCUGAACAGCAGCAGAUCAGCGCGGGUCCAUGAAAACACAUACAUGACGGGUCAGAGUUAACACACAGAACUGCUGGGAUCUCCUUUCCGUCAGUUCCAGCACAACGAAAGCACUAAAAAGAUGAGAAUGGGAGGUUUCAUGUGCGAUGGCGUGCAGGAGUCGUUCAUUAUGCAGGAGAGAUUCGCUCUUCACACAAACGAAAGUCAUUUCAGACGUCCAUUAAGGUUAGCGUUAGUCAGUCCAUUGAGACCCGACAUCAACAGACCCUCAUCGAUCCACUGCAGGAGUCACGGGUUUGUACUAAAACUUUACUGCUUUCAAUCAUUAUCUGUAUACUUUUAUUACAAAGAUGACUUCAAACUAGCUUCACAGUUAAUAUAAAUAUGUUAAAUGUCUGCCAUAGAGUCCUCGCAGAGAAAACGCCUGCGUCUCCCUCUGCCUCUCCCCUUCAUAACAGGACAACACCAAUCCAGACACUCAUUCAUUUGCUGCCGGUUGGACGGAUACAUGGAAAUGCCAGGGAAGAAGGAAUUCCUUCUCCAAGAUGGCUGAUAGGCCCUCAGCUAACUAGCCUGGCUCUUUCUUUGUGCGCGUGGGAGUUUAGGUGAUUGAUUGAAGUCAUUACAGUGGUGGAGAGACUUCUUACCUGGCUAAUCCAGGAGUGAUUUCAGCUGCUGGAUGACAGAUAGCCACAUUACACCCCCUGAAUCAGCUUCUUGAUGAGCUCCUCUGCAUAUGACUUCCACCUACAAAUUAUGUUAAAUAGCCAGUAUGAUGCAUAUAUCAAUGUUUGCCUGGAAAACAAAAUCCCCCUGGAUAUUUGUUCUUUCUGUUCAACAGGUGCAUGUUCUCAGGUGUCUUUCUACACUUUUUUCAAUCACCUGAUUUAUUAUUUGAUGACAUGUAAAGUGCAACCCAAGACAGAACCAUCACAUUCCAAUCUGUAGAUGUGUUAUGUUGGAUCUUAGCCCCAGCCUGUAUUGGUAUCAGACAAGAAAACAUGUGUAACAGUGAGAGAGCAGGACAGAGAGAGACCCCCACCAAAACCCCGAAAUCCAUUCAUUCUGAUUUGGGACAAUUCUUGAUAAAAAGGGAAAACUGUUAACGUCUGCACACAAAUGACAGAUGCUGUUUGCUUCGGGUUAGCGGGCGAUCGGCAAGAAGCGAUUGCACAGAGGACAAUAACGGCAAACAAGAGAAUUUGAUGAGGAUUUACAAAAGCGCAGCUCUAAUCAAUGCAAUGGUGAGCAGAGAAGGAGAACAAGGACUGGAAUGCUUCUCAAAAGAAACAGAAUGUAGCCCCAAAUCUGGUGCAAACUGAUUCGAGCACUAAGGCAGAACUCCGGGGUCACACACGGCUGACGGGCUCCAGCGGGGCGGAUCAGAGACGGGGUACAGGUGGCGGUGAGGGCUCUUCAUGCCAGCGGCCGGGACUGGAAACCGGCGAGAGUAGAGCUCUGGAGCAGACACAAAACAAACAGCCAGGUUCAGAAGUGACACUGACAUAAAAGGGAAACAGAGAUUUCAGUUCAAUGUCAGCUUUAUUUGCAACGACUGACUCCAAAUCAGUUCUCCGUUCUCAAAACUUCAAUGCUGGAAGGGGAAAUGUCCCAAAGAUCCUUUGCUGUGGCAUUAAUCCACACAGAAACGUGGGUUCAUCGUCUUUUGUGCCAAUACAGCAAACCAACAAAGUGGAUUGUGGUGCCAGUCAGUAUUUGGUUUUUAUACAUGUUCCAUAUUAGUAAAAACCGCCGCUGGAAUCCGUGUUCUUUGUUAAAUUCCCCUGCAUGCUGUUUCUGUUUGCAUCCAUUUGACAAACACAUGUUGGUAAAUUAAAUGCAGCUUCUUUUGCAGGUGCUGCUAAAACUGUCAUGCUUUCUGUAUUUGCCUAACUGAUUGCUGAACUCAUGUGAUGAGUUAUUAGCCUGAUCAUCCUAAUCUUUGUUGACGGGUGUUUCCAAAUCAUUCUUAGACUGGACUGUUGCUCUCACUCUUAAGGCUUGCUUCCAUUCAACAAACAUACAACUUAAGCUUGUGAACUUUUGCCUACACACAGAAAUCUUCUGGGUUUCACUAACAACAUGGAUUAUUUCAAGACCGCAACCAUUAAGUCAAAUUUUGGGGGCUUUAGGACAAUCUGACAGUUAUCCAAGUGUCUGUGUGUGCAUGCACACAUGGACAAAACCCGAUGAUAUGCAAGCUGGAGUCUUAGUCUGUUGAAAACGCCCCAAAUUGCAGAGUCUGCCUGGAGCUGAGCCGCCUGCACCGAGACACUGCCUUUUGUUCUCCUCUGCAAGCAGAAGCAGCCUGACAGCCCUGAAAUGAUCCGCUCUCCUCUUUCACACAAUCACACAUGAAACUGUCCUCUUCUUUUCAGCUCGGCUACCUUGUAUUCCACUAGAAUGUGCGUGCACAGAGAUGCUCGUCCACACAUGCAGAAACGCACUCAAAUAUACAAUCUCUCAUGUGUGUCACUUCCACAUUCUCUAAUUUUCCUCCGUUUUUUCUCUCCCUGCAUGCCGUUCUCUCAUUUUUCCUCACUGACUGCGAUGAUGGUGAAUCCCUCAUGGAUUUCUGGAGGGUAUCACCAUGGAGACGGUGCUCUGCCACACGUGUCUUUAGAUCCUCCUGCUGGAUAUGGAGCACAGUCAGAGUGUGUACGGCUGCCCUUUGGCCAAGAAGAGGAAGAGCUUAGAUAUCGAACCCUUGGAAACCUCUCCAAAGAGGAGCACCUUACUUGAUGACAUGGACAACUCCACAAUGGAGGAGUGCUACGACACAGACGGAACCGAGGAGAUGGACGACAGGGAGGAAGAAGAGGAGGAGGGAGCCAUGGAGGGGGGAGGAGAGGUAGUGGAGGAAGAGGAAGAUGUGGGAGGCUACAUGGACUACAAUGUAGAACAGAUGGAGCAUGAAAAUGAGGAGGGGGAGGAACGGGGAGAAGAGGAGGACAUAGAAGAAGAGGACGUAGAAGUGGAGCAAGAAGAGGAGGAAGACAGUGAUGAAGUCAGGGUGGAGGAGGCAGAAGAAGAGGAAGAAGAAGCAAUUGAGGAGGUAGACUAUGAAGACGAUGAAGAAGAGGAGGAGGAAGAGCAAAAUAUGGGGCAAGAGGACAAUCAGUUGAGCCCUGGAGACAGCACCAGUGAGGGUGGAGGUGGGGAUGGAUACAGCAAAUUGGGUCCUGCAAUGGAGAAGGAUGACAACAACAACGAUGAGUAUGAAAACUACGAUGAACUCGUUGCCAAGUCCCUCCUCAACUUGGGGAAGAUUGCAGAAGACGCUGCCAACCGUGCCAUGACCGAGUCUGAAAUGAACAGCAACUCCCCCAACAGUGCUGAAGACGAGGGAGAGGAGGAGGAGGAAGAGGAAGAGGAGGAAGAAGAAGAAGAAGAGGAGGAGGAGGAGGAGGAUGAAGAGGAAGAGGACGAGGAGGAGGAAGAGGAAAGUGAAUUACAGAGAGGAGAUCUGAGUUUGGAUGUUGAAAGUGAUGUUGUUCGGGAAACUGUGGACUCUCUCAAACUCCUUGCACAGGGUCAUGGUGCCGUGUUGUCUGACAGUUUAGAUGGACAGGACUUCGAAGGGUCAGCCAGACCUGGGGACCAGACUAACUACUCCCACAAUGGUGGUAAUGGACAGAUGAAGACCACCAAUAAUGGAAAAAUAGAGGGAAGUGAUGAAGAAGUGUGUCUGAGCAGUCUGGAGUGCCUAAGAAACCAGUGCUUCGACUUGGCUAGGAAGCUAAGUGAAACAAAGUCUAUUGACCGAAACGGACCGUCCCAACAAAAUCAUUACUCGUGUGGGGACCCCAGUCAACAACCACAGCACCAUGGAUAUGGAGACUUCCACAACAGCCAAGACAGCAGACGGACACUUGAUAGGAACUAUUCAGACAUGGAUAAUCUCAUGAAGCUGGAGGAGCAACUGAGUCCACGCUCCAAGGCUUUCUCCAGCUGUGCUCAGGACGAGCGGUAUCACACCAGCCACAGGGACUUUGAUGAGGACACUGCUUCCAUCACGUCGGACCGAUCAGAGGAAGUGUUUGACAUGACGAAGGGUAAUUUGUCUCUACUGGAGAAGGCGAUCGCACUGGAGUCGGAGCGCGCAAAGGCGAUGCGAGAUAAGCUCGCAGCCGAGGCAGCCAGAAGAGAUGGAGUGAGGUAUGCUCAUGAAGACCAUGGCCCGCGGCAUGGCUACGGUGUGGAGCGUAAAGCCCGUCUUCCUGAUGGCAUGAAGAAGCCUUUCUUCCAUAAAGAUCCUUCACGUGCAGACAAGAAGGAAAGCAGGUGUCCAACACCAGGGUGUGACGGCACAGGUCAUGUGACGGGCCUGUACCCCCAUCACCGCAGCCUAUCUGGCUGUCCGCACAAGGACCGGGUGCCACCAGAAAUUGUGGCAAUGUAUGAGAAUGUUCUUAAGUGUCCUACGCCUGGCUGCACGGGACGCGGCCAUGUCAAUAGCAACAGAAACUCCCACAGAAGUCUGUCAGGGUGCCCCAUAGCUGCCGCUGAAAAGCUGGCAAAAGCCCAGGAGAAGCACCAGAGCUGUGACGGGCCAAAGUCCAAUCAGUCAUCCGACCGAGUUUUAAGGCCUAUGUGCUUUGUCAAACAACUGGACUAUCCACAGUAUGGUUACAAGAACAAUGUUUCCACCAGCACGCCCCGCUCCAACCUGGCCAAGGAACUGGAGAAGUACUCCAAGACCAGUUUUGACUACAGCGCCUUUGACAGCACCAACAACCACCAUGUGUAUGGGAAAAGGGCCAUUGCACCAAAAGCUCAUGGCCAACGGGACGCUUCUCCUAAAGGACAUGACGCCAAGCGCUACUGCAAGAACUCCAGCUCUGCCAGCAGCACCACCAGCACCUAUGCUCCAAGCAGCAGCAACAGCAGUCUCAGCUGCAUCGGUGGUGGAGGAGGUGGGGGAGGAGGCGGAGGGGGUGGGGGCAGCAGCGCCAGUAGCACCUGCAGCAAGAGCAGCUUUGAUUACAGUCACGACAUGGAAGCUGCCCACAUGGCGGCGACCGCCAUCCUCAACCUGUCCACUCGCUGCCGGGAGAUGCCCCACGGCAUUGGUGGGAAGCCGCAGGACUUGUGCUCACAGAGUCCAGGUCUAGAUGUUGAUGAGAACGGUACGUUGGACCUGAGUAUGAGCAAGCGUCUGUGCGGCGGUGGUGCAGGGGAUGCAGUUCUAACCCCUCUAGAGCCAAUGUCCCCCCAGAGGCAAGCCGCCCUGCUGGGUUCCCGCUGCUACGGCAUGGGGGACGCCGCAGACUGCUGGGACCUGCCUGUAGACUACACCAAGAUCAAACACAUAGAUGAGGACGAGAAAGAGACGGACGACCUCGAUCCUUUCCAGGACUUACUGGACGAUCGUUCCUAUACCACAGAUGUAAACAUGCCCAGCCCCAAGCCCAAGUAUGUCCAGUGCAAGGAGACGAAGAAGGACCUGAUAACAUGUCCCACACCGGGGUGUGAUGGAAGUGGUCACUUGACGAGCAAUUUCGCCUCACAUCGAAGUCUCUCAGGUUGUCCUUUAGCAGAUAAAAGCAUUCGAAGUAUGCUGGCCAACAAUGCACAGGAGCUCAAGUGUCCAACACCAGGAUGUGACGGUUCUGGACAUAUUACCGGCAACUAUGCCUCACACAGAAGUCUUUCAGGGUGUCCACGAGCCAGGAAAAGUGGGAUAAAGAUCAUCCACAGUAAAGAAAAUAAGGAGGAUCAGGAACCCAUCAGGUGUCCAGUCCCAGGCUGUGAUGGUCAGGGACAUGUAACAGGAAAAUAUGCAUCCCACAGAAGUGCAUCUGGAUGUCCCAUAGCAGCCAAGAGGCAAAAAGACGGUUAUCUGAACGGCAUUCAGUUCACAUGGAAGUCUGGAAAGACAGAGGGCAUGUCCUGCCCAACUCCCGGCUGCGACGGCUCAGGUCACGUCAGUGGCAGCUUUCUGACACAUCGAAGUCUUUCAGGUUGUCCUCGUGCCACCUCUGCCAUGAGGAAAGCCAGGCUCUCUGGAGUGGAAAUGCUGACAAUAAAGCAGCAACAUGCAAGCAACGUAUUGGAUCAUGAAGAAGAGAUCAAGCAGCUGGAUGAAGAAAUCAAAGAUUUAAGUGAAUCUAACUCGCAAGUGGAGGCAGACAUGAUCAAACUCAGAACACAGAUUACAACAAUGGAGUCCAGCUUGAAGUCCCUAGAAGAGGAAAACAAGAAACCACUGUCCCACAAAGAGCCUCUUCUGAGGACCAGUAGCUGCUUACAGCUUCACCAGCAGGAGUCCCUCAGCGAGCAGAACUUUGACGCCUACGUCACCACUCUAACAGACAUGUACACGAACCAGGACCAGUACCAGAGCGUGGAAAACAAGACCCUGCUGGAAAAUAUCAAACAAGCGGUUCAAGGGAUCCAAGUGUAAGCCUUCGGCAGAGGAGGCCUUCCAUUCCCUCAGAGACUAACACAGGCAGUGACAAUUGGAACUCCUUGUGCGAAAACUUAUAUAGUGUUAUAUAUUCUAAACUUUGUUCUCAAACAAAAUAAAAAGAGGUAUUAUGAUUAAAAAGACCUCAAAAUCAUUUUUUUUGUCUUGCUUUGAGGAAGAAGGAAAGUACUCGCAAACUAGUUUUUGAAAACAUUCACAUUUUGUACGUUUUCAUAUGAGCUGACAUAGUGUCAUGUAAUGUUUCUAGCUGCUCAUGUAUGCACAUUUUUAGUGUAUAUUUCUGAACAGUAAGCUAAUGAAAACAGAGAUUCUUUUUAUUGCUCGACAUUACGCAUUUUAGAUGAAAAACAUUGAAACAAAGAAAAAAUCUGCAAGCUCCAUACUUUUUCUGUUGGAUGAACGACUAUGGACUUGAUCAUUUCAAAUCUUUUCUGUCGUUGGAUUCUUCCUCCUUUUUUCUUCCUGCGUGUCGAUGAUUUAAGAUAAGAAUUGCUUUGCAAAUUUCUUUAUUUUCUGAAAAUGCUUGAGAAAAAUGUCUAAUGCUUUGUUUCGAUGAAAAGUAAGGAUGUUUCGCUGCAGAUGGGGGCAUUUUCAAUCGGUGCUGUAAAUGAUUCCCACAGGGAAACUGACCGGAUGUAUGUAUGAAUGUAUGAAUGAGCAGUUCUAUUGUAAACAUCAUUACACGGAAACCCGAUGGUGGAAAUCCCAUGACUCUAUCUGAGAGCCAAUUGAGUCCUCGAAGAACAUAUCAUGCAUGUUCACAAACUCAUUUUGAAUUAGUCUGAGGUAGAAACGAUGUAAAGACGUCGAUCUGGAGACGCCACAUUUUAUUAGCCUUUCUAGGAUCGGAUUUGCUCAAUUUUGUGUUGCUAGGAUCAUGAAAUGUCUCAGCAAUAUACUUGCAAAAUUAUUUCUUUCUAGGGAUUAUAUGUGAUGCAAUCUGAAAAAAUUCAAACAUAUGGGUAUAUGCAAUUUCUUCUUUAUAAGCAUAGUGGGGUAACAUGAAUCUUUUUAAUAUAGCCUAUGUAAAAAAUAUUGAUUUUUAUACAAAUCUUUUAAUACAAAAAGUCUUUUUAAAAAAAGAGAGAACCUGGACAUUGAGUUUCAGAAGCUAAAGUAUAUGAGUUCCACUUUUUUUCUGUACGAUUUUGCACAGGGACACCUUCGUUUCCAUGUUUUGAUGUUAUUACAGAAACUAAAAGCGGCACCUGAGAGCCUGACGAAAGGGUUUACAAGGUUUUUGUAAAGAGUAUUUAUAGAGUAUGACUGCGGGACUUACAGGGUCACUGUCCCCACUUAUGUGCCAGUAGACUAUUUGCACUUGUCCUUGAAGAUAUUAUCCUUGUGUAUGGCAGCGUGCAAUUUUCCAGGUGACCUCUUUGGCACACGGGUGGAACAACAAACUGCUUGGAGCCACUGCAGGCGUGGAUUUACUACCACUGAGAGUGACACGGGCAGAACAGGGACUUUGAAAUCAGACAAAAGGAAGAUUAUGACAAUAACAGUUAUACUGGAGGCUAUUUUCAAGUGUAAAAACAUUACAAAGGUUUUUCAUUUUGCUAUGUUUAGGAUGAUAAAGUUAUCCCCCAGCAGCACUUUAUAUCUAAUCACUGUAAAAAGAAGUAAAUAGUCAAUCAGUUCAAGACUUUGACAGAAGGCAGAGAAGAAGAAGGCUUGGAGAUGUUUCUGGGGAGACACAAUCCAGCUGACAUCCCAGGGAAAACCCACCCUUCCAUUCGGUUCUGCUAGUUGGGAUCCUGUUCAGAAUUUGCCUUGUGGGGAGCUAAUGCAGACGGUUUUGGGGUUCAGCUCAUCUGAAUCGUAUCUAUUGUACUUUACUGUCCUCUUCCAGGACUCUGCUACCCAUCAUUCAUGACUGCAUACGCCUUUUCCACUGCAUCGUGUCUGCAGCUUUUUGCCAAUAUAGUAAUGCUUCAGUAGAAUAAUAGCUAUUACCAGUUUUGGAAUAAUUUUUCAUUAUCAGUGAAAAAGGACAAGGGACUUUAAAGCACAAACCGGCUGCUCAUCUGACAAUGGUGCAUAAACGAAGGUUGUCACACGUUUAGACUUCUGAAUUUUCAUAUCAAUUAUUGUGAAUCCAUAAGAGUUUAUUACUUUGUUCAAGCCAGUUCAUUUGAAGUUGAUUUCAGUGGCCAUCAACAAAGACAGGAUUUUGUAUAAACUAUUGUGCUCUGUGGAACUGAAGUUUGAUUUAUUUUUGUACUACACAGCAUGGAUUUGUUGACAUUUUAAUUUUGCUAUAAAUGUGUGAGAUCACAAGUUGCUGUGAUAUUUCAUUUAUAAAUUGUGAACUUUGUACAAUUUUUGUCAUGCUGGAUGUUGACACAUCUUACUCAGAAUAAAAAGCAAAUGUGUUGCCAGAGGCCUGUGAAGACA